CGCUGCGUGUGAUUUUGACAUGAAAUUCACAUAUGUCCUUGCUGGGUGGGAAGGCACUGCAUCGGAUUCAAGAAUUUUAAAAAAUGCUCUUGAUCGAGAUGAUCCGUUAGUUAUCCCCCAAGGAAAAUACUACCUCGGUGAUGCUGGAUUUAUGUUGAAAAGCACAGUUUUGACUCCAUAUAGAGGCGUCAGAUAUCACCUUAAGGAAUAUACACGUAGAGGACCACAAAAUGCACGCGAGUUGUUUAAUCAUCGACAUUCAUCGUUGAGAAAUGUUAUUGAAAGAACUUUUGGUGUGUUGAAAAAAAGAUUCCCUAUCAUUGCAAGUGGCACUGAACCACACUAUGAAUUGGAGACGAUGACAGAGAUUAUCUUAGCAUGUUGUAUCUUACACAACUUCCUUCGUAGCGUGGAUCAUGAUGACUCAUUACUUGCCGAAGUUGAUAAUGAGUUGACUGAAAGUGAAGAGCAUAAUGUGUCAUCGUCUCAAGUUAGGGAAGAGGAUCAUAGGAUGGGUAGUAGUAUUAGGGAUGCCAUAGCAGAUCAUAUGUGGCGAGAUUAUCAGAACUCUUAGUUAUUGUAUUUUAUUUUGAUUGUAUGACUCUUUGUUGUUUAUAUUUAUGAGAAUGAAGAUUUAUUAUGGAUGUUUACUCUUCAUUUCUAACUAAUUUGUUUAUCAAGUAGGUAUAAAAUGAAUAGAGGUAAGGCACACGCCACUGAGUCCUCUGCUCCUACUAGAGAGUUCAUAAAAUGGACUGAGGAUAUGGACGCACGUCUCCUGCACUGUAUGAUUGAGGAAUCAAGGAUUGGUAAUAGGGUUGAUGGGAGUUGGACAUCCCAAGCGUAUANUAAUAUUGUUGAUCAUCUACAUGAGUCUGGGUAUGUCGCCAUAACAAAAAA